UGUCGUGGCUGCAGCGGCGGCGGCGGCGGUAGCGGUAGCGGCAGCGGCAGCGGCAGGGGCAGGGGCAGGGGCAGCGGCAGGGGCAGGGCUUGCGGGUCGGUGCGGUACGUUGCGGCCGGUGCACUUGGUGGCCGCGGUAGGGACCCAGACUAGCAGAGGAGCAGGCGCAAGGCGGCAGCGGCGCUGCUACUAUUGCUGGUGCUUGGCUGCGGCUUGGCUCGGCUCGCUCUGUGCGGGGCGAGUAGCCGGCUGCGGGAGGGCUGCGGGCGGCGGCGCCCCGCGGGCCAUGCUGCUCACGGUGUACUGUGUGCGGAGGGACCUCUCCGAGGUCACCUUCUCCCUGCAGGUCGACGCCGAUUUCGAGCUGCACAACUUCCGCGCGCUCUGCGAGCUCGAGUCCGGCAUCCCCGCCGCGGAGAGCCAGAUCGUUUAUGCCGAGCGGCCCCUCACGGACAACCACAGAUCACUGGCGUCCUAUGGCUUGAAAGAUGGCGAUGUUGUCAUCCUGAGGCAGAAGGAGAAUGCAGAAUCUCGGCCUUCGGUUCAGUUCCCAAGCCUGCCCCGGAUAGACUUUAGUAGCAUAGCUGUGCCUGGCACAUCAGGCUCCAGACCACACCAGCAGCCGGCCCAGCCACCUCGGACAUCCCCAGCAGACACGGCUUCAUCCCCACAGGGUUUGGACAAUCCAGCGUUACUCCGAGACAUGCUGCUUGCCAAUCCCCAUGAGCUCUCUCUGCUUAAGGAGCGAAACCCACCCCUGGCAGAAGCCCUGCUCAGUGGAGACCUAGAGAAAUUUACUAAGGUCCUCAUAGAACAGCAGCAGGACCGAGCCCGGAGAGAGCAAGAGAGGAUCCGUCUUUUUGCAGCCGACCCCUUUGAUCUGGAAGCUCAGGCCAAGAUAGAAGAAGAUAUAAGGCAACAGAACAUUGAGGAGAACAUGACGAUAGCUAUGGAAGAAGCUCCGGAGAGCUUUGGUCAAGUUGUGAUGCUCUAUAUUAACUGCAAAGUGAAUGGACACCCCGUGAAAGCAUUUGUGGAUUCAGGAGCCCAGAUGACCAUUAUGAGCCAAGCUUGUGCAGAAAGGUGUAACAUAAUGAGACUUGUGGAUCGACGAUGGGCUGGGAUUGCCAAAGGUGUUGGCACACAGAAGAUUAUUGGCAGAGUGCAUCUAGCUCAAGUUCAGAUUGAAGGGGAUUUCCUGCCAUGUUCCUUUUCUAUACUCGAGGAACAGCCCAUGGAUAUGCUGCUGGGACUGGACAUGCUCAAGCGACAUCAGUGUUCCAUCGACCUCAAGAAAAAUGUACUAGUGAUUGGCACCACAGGCACACAAACGACCUUCCUUCCUGAGGGAGAGCUCCCAGAAUGCGCACGGUUAGCCUACGGUUCAGGGAGAGAUGACAUUCGACCAGAGGAGAUCGCAGACCAAGAACUAGCAGAAGCUCUUCAGAAGUCCGUUGAGGAUGCAGAGAAAAGUGAUAAAGAAACUACCUCACUGGGAACAUCGUCAUUACCAGCUUGCGGUGGAUCUGACAGUGAAGCCCAUUCUUCAGGAUUAAGUUCUAAGAUCAGUCACCCUGUCAGUCUUGAUUGCUCUGUCUCUGCUCCUGCUUCCAUCUGCUCCUACAAACCCAGCCCACGAGAGAUCACGGAUCCAAGCGCUGUGAGAGCUGAAUCCCAGGGAGCCUCGGACAAGAACGAACGUUCUCCUCCUUUCCCGGACCUCCCUGCUGAGGCCUCGUCCCACAGCACCAUGGAAGACCAACCUGCAGGCUGUCUGAGGUCAGCUACCACUCUCUGGGAUUCAUCAAAAGAAACAAUCAUGAUGGAUAAUCUGAAGAAAUCUCCUGCUCAGGAAAGCAUCAAAGCGCAUCCUGAUAGAGAACAAAAGGAUCUGCCUGUCCUAGCCACUCAGGUGCCCCCUCCACAAACAUUUCUAGGGAAGAAGGGUCCGCGUUCACCUUGCCAGGAUCCAAGUCCGGAAACUGGCCCCCAACAACACACCCAGCCAGCCAAUGAACAGCCCGAGGUUGAACAGUGGACUGAAGCGGACAGCCCCCGACUCCCCUGGAUCACCGAAAUGCGGCCAAGCCUGCCCCCCACCCCACUGAAAUCUGUUGGUUUACAAGCCGAGGACCAAGGAGACGAGCAGCAGAAACCAGGCCCUCCACCUCCAGAAGAUACUGUGCCCUCUUCAGCAUCGUUUGGCAGCUCCUGCACCGAAACAAUCAUGGAGGUCGAUGUGAUCCAACAGUCCCAACAGAGAGCCCUCUGUAGCCUGGCAGGCAGUCAGAAUGCCGGGGCAUCUGACCUCACUGCAGAUAACCCGUGGGUGAAAGUUGAGGCCUCACUGCAUCAUCCCUCUAAUGUAGCUUUGGGUAAUCCUGUGGCAACUAUUGAUUUGCAGCCCCCAGAAAAUAAUGUUGAAAUGUCAGAAACCAAUAGUGAAUCAUUAUAUUUAUUAAGGGAGACUCACCCUUCAUUAAGCCUGUCUGCUGAUGAGCAGGCUUCCACCAACCCUGCAGGACCCACAGAGGAAUCGUGUUUAUCUGUGACGGCUGCUCUGAAGGAGCUUCACCAACUUUUGGUCAUUAGUUGUCAAGAAUCUCCAGGAAAUCUCGUUUCAGAAGAAGUGGUCUGUCCCCAGGAAAUGGCAGCUGAAGCCCGACCUGACAGGAGGCAGAUAGCUGAGAAGUCAUCUCUAAGUCAGCAUCUUUCAACAUCUUCCAGACUAGAGCAGAACUCUCAAGGCUCUUCCUGUGAGGUGAAAUCUGUCCUAGUGAAGGCCAAGAGAUCAGCCAGAGGGGAGAGCGGGAUCAGUGGAAAUUUGGAUGAAAGCCUGGCAGCUGCUCCUGGGGCUGGCCACAAGUCACAGGAAAUGGGGAGGGAAAGCUCUUCUUUCCCAGGGACCUCUGUGGAGACACCAGGUCACCUAAACUCAGGAGGGCCAGAUGUCUCACCUGAAUAUGUGGCCACUGAGGGCGGUCCCAUCCUUCCCACUUCUCAGCAGACGGAGGCCUCGCCGUCCGCUUUCAUCCCACUAGGCCUCUCUCAGGACCCUCACGACCUGGUGACAGGAAUGCCUGAAAUCAGGGGAAAUGUCAUCUGUCCUGAAGCCACUAGGCCCCUCCACGGACUCGAACAGCUUGACAGGCCCCUGGCAUCAAUCCCCUCACUUCUCCCCAGCCACCUUUUCCCUGCUGCGGAUGUGGACCGCAUCCUCCGUGCGGGUUUUACUCUGCGAGAAGCUCUUGGAGCUUUGCAGCGAGUUGGUGGAAAUGCAGACCUUGCUCUUCUCAUUUUGCUAGCAAAGAACAUCAUUGUUCCUACAUAACAUGGAAAAUGGUGGACUUGACUAGUCCCCAUUCCUUUCAAAGAUAAAUACCAACAUCUAGAUGUUAUAUGUGUACAACAUGUAGAAACCUGCAAGCAGAAUGUGGAGCCAGAUUUUUUUUUUAAAAAAGACUUUAAUUUUCGGCCAAAGUAAUUUAUGAUCUCUUGUCUAAUGAAUUUGUCUAUUAACACUUGUUUAAAAUUUGGGCCUUUUUAAUGUAGUGGCAGUAUGUGCACGUGAGCUUUUUAUUCUCAUUAAUGAUGCAUUCUAAAAUCAAGCCAAUGGGUUUACAUCAAGUGUACCCUUUUAGAAUGAAGUUGACCAUGUUGAAAAGCAGAAGCUAUAGAAAAACCCACCACCUGUCCAGCUGAGAGCAGACUGGCAUACUACCAUGGUUGUGUGCCCAUUCCAUAUUGGGAUGAAGGUGGAGUGGAGAGUGUAGCCAGGCAGAAUGUCAAGGUUGUCGAGGUCAGUGACAGCUAGAAGGAAAACUUCUUUUGGGAAUUUUAUCCAGCACUUUAAGCAUGGUUGUCUGCUGAUGCUCCAGGAAAAUUGAGGAAGAAUCCUAGUACAGCUACUGCUAGUAGAAUCUGUUAUUACAGCUCUGGGCAUAGGUCCUGGCAUUUUUAUAGGCAUGAGAAAAUAGGUUUAAAACUUACUAAUUCUACAUCAUGAACUGCUGAACAAAUUGCCAAAAAUCCUUCAUUGCAUUAUAAUUUCAUCUGGGGGGAUUUAGUGCUACCAAAAUGAAAAAGAGAAGUUAUGGGGAAAAAACCAAGAACCCUAAAAUUCCAGCCACAGUGAUCAUGCUGAUUUCUUAAUUGAGAAUCGGCCAGGUCCCUCGGGGCAGAGUUUGCUAGAAGCUCUGAUGGAGGCUUAGUCCUGAGCUUCUUAGGUGAGCUCGUAGGCCUCUGGGCUCAUUCUCCACUAGGAGCCGUUACUGCAUGAUUAUCAAGCUCCAUGUGAACGGCGUGAGGCAUAACGUUGGCACUGAAUUUAUCUUGGUCUUUGGAGAGAAUGAUAACUUGGAGCUGUGUUCUUUUGUAGAACACACGUGCGAAGUGUCCAUUUCUGAUUGUUCAAGUGGCUUUGGUACAUUUGAAUUCUCCAUCUCUUUCCUCCAGGAGCCGGGGACUGCCCAUGGAAGCAUGGAGUUAGAGCAGGGUUUGUUUAGAGCAUGGUGAAUACCCCUCUUGUGGCCUUUGUGUUGAAGACCAGCCCCAGGGAUCUCAUUCUCCCAUGGGCCCCACUGUGCACUCCCGUAGGGAACUACCAUCUUAGUCCUUCUCCUGGAAGAGAGAAUUGACUGUUUGUGAACAUGACAAGUUGGGAUCUUUGAUUGUAAUUGAAAAUGGAGGGGGCCUUCUGGCCAGGUUGCAAACUGUGUGAAGGGGCUUGGUUUUAUGUGUAUAUUUCUAAAGAUCUGCUGCUUCCAUCCAAACCUGAGUCCGUUGUGUAUAGUAGGUGGAGAAUCCGUUUCUCCGGAGCAUUUGUCAUUUUAACUGGGGGGUUAACAACAUUCUUGUUUCUUUCUUGUACCCCUUCUCCACUCCUCUUUUUAAGAGGCUUUAGUAGGGGUGUUCUGAAUCACAUAUUAAGUAAGCAGGUGGCAAAGAGAAUUGUUUUGGCAUUGUUAGCCAGAGGGUCACUGAAUCAUUAUAGACUCCUCUACCUAUCCCCUCACCAAAGAGUUAAGAUUCAAUAUGGAACUGUUUACAGGCUUUUCAUGAACCCCCUUCUAAAGUUGUGGUUGGACCUAGGUCAUUCGUGUUGUAAUUGGUGUAAAAUUGAGCGGCAGUACUUUGGAUCCUCUCUGGUUAAAGAAUAAAAAUGGUUGUGGACUAUUUUCUGAGCAGAGACUUUUGGGAAGGGGAAGUGGUUAAUGGCAGCAGACCCUUUUUUCCAAACGACCUUUUGUUUAAAGAGAGUUCUUCUCUAUUUUGAGGAUAGCAGAAAUUAACUUUGGCACAAAACCAUUCCUUGGGGCCGAGGGACAUUCCAAAUCUCAGACACACGUGAUAAUAGAAGGAGUCAUCAGUGGCACAGAUAAUUUUAGAGGUUGGAGGAGGGGACAUUCACAAGACUUUUGUGCCUGAUUUUUAAUAAAAAUCAUAUAUGCCUGCAGUUAUAUAGCUGUUCAUCUAAAAAAAUACCUUGAAUGAAUGAAAUCUAGCCCAACAAGGGCAUCUGCCAAAAUCCUUCAUUUUUAGAUUAUUCCUCACUAUUUUUUUUGUGUGUGUGCUUUACCUUUUCCCCUUCUUGCUCUUCCUUUUGUGUGUCUGAAUUGUACAUGUUGUGUUCUAAUUGGAGCUAGAAACCUAUUGGAAUUGCCAAAUGCACAUUGGGAUGUUUGUGCUUACCAGUGUGAACUUGGCAUUUCCAUUUUUCUUCCUGUGCAGUCCACUAAAGUACAGGUAUCUGAAAGGAUGAGAAUUACAGUGACUUCCACACAGGACAUUUUGUCAGUGAUGAUGAGGUCAGCGCUCCGAGGGCUGGCAGAGUUGAUGGCAGCUGGUCAUCCUCAACAACUUGAAGGAAGCUGUAUCUGCCUGUCUCUCCCUGUGUACCCCUCCUACAGCUCACUUUCUGCUACUUUCUGUAGUCUCUUAACCAGGCAGGCCACCCAAAGGGACAUCCUCAGCCCAUUUGCUGUUGUACCAUUAUGGGUCACCAGGGGUCAGCCACUUCCAGGUCUCCCUGGACUUUGUAUUUGGGCUGAUUCUUUGUUAGAAAAGGGAUGGCGGUAAGAGAAUGAUGAGAGAUUAAAUUCUUCCAUCUUGUCUACAAACCUUCAACUUCUUGAGGCUGUAGGAUUCCAUCUGACCUCAACUCAUCGAACCCUCCAUUUUUUCCUUAAACCUUGGCUUACUUGGUGUUGCAUUCAUAGAUCCAGCGCUUUGUGCUCCAGGAAGUUUGUAGGGCAGUUUAUGUCUUUGUCCCAUGAUCAAGGAGUCUAGUAACCACAAUGGAGCCUUCCCCAGCCCCGUCAUCCACUAGAGAGCCAUAAUGUCCUUGGGUCUGUGCUUUUUAUGUCCAUCUAUAUCCACAUGAACUUGGGCAUACAUGUAUGAACAUGCACAUAGAUCUAUUUAAAAUACUUGGGAUUGUCUUUAUGAUUCCGUAUAUUCUAUAUAAAGUAACAUAUAAAUACUCAGGAUGAGGCAUGAAAGUUCCACAUCUUCAUACGAGAUUGGAAACAUACUAAUAACAAAUGACUUUAACCGCAGAGAUGAACAGUCUCCUUUCUGCCGACCAGUGAUGUGCCAGCUUUUGUCCCACCACCAGAGAGAGGCAGCCUCAGGGAGGAAGGCCCACGUGUCUAGGGGGAGCCACAGUUGAUGCUGGGACCGGCAGAUGGGCUGGUUUCAUUUGCUACUCGUCUGCCUCCCAGAGAGGGUAUGAGCUGAAGGAGUUGUCACUGAGUGGUUUGUGCUCUUCUACGGGUGGUUCUGUGUUUGCUUUGGAGUAAUCACUGUCGGAGCCUUUUGCUUUCCUGUGAUCCUGCCUGAUUGGCCUCUGGCGUCUGUGUUCCCCAAUAAGCCCAAGUCCCAGAACUUAGUGGUGAUAGACAGUCUUCGAGUGAGCAGGGACUGCAGCAAGGGAGCCAGUGAAGUGUGCUUGCUACUUCUUAGAAAACCAAUUUUAACGAGGGAGGAAAGAACAGCUUUUCCUCUUGAGGGCCUUAAAAUACCCCUUACUCAGCACACACAUAAUCGGUGCCUCCUGAAGGAGCUGAUUGAUGGUCCCAGCUUGAGUGGUCAGCCAGGGAGGUAGAAAUAGAGCGUGGGCUGGUAGCUCAGCGAGCGGACCGGAGGAGGAAGUGAUUCAGGGCGAGUCUUGUUGGGCCUUUUUGGCCAUGUUUCUGCACAUAGCUUACUUAUUAGACAGAAUACUGUAGCAGGGGGGCAAAGUUGGAGGUGGUGGGUUUUUUUAUGGGAGGGAAUCAUUUCUGAAGUACAAAUUCAUGUUCGUUUCUAUUUGCGCUGAAUGGCCCCAGCUUGGGCCCUUAGUUCCCACGUUCCCUGGGAUGUUGCCUUCUGGAAGCUCUUUUAGUGUAGAUAAUCAGCAUAGAGGGAUAUGGAAGGGGCAGAUGGGGAGACAGUCCCACAUGAGGCCAGUCUUUGCUCCCGACAGAGCUGGACCAAACCCUGAAACCUUGCGGCAGGUCUGCUUUGGCCUACUGGCCUAUUUGUAUGACUUUGAACUUGUCGUCAAGCUUGGGAAGAAUCUGAUGCUGUUGACUUCGCUGGAAGACGUUGGAAAAUCGGCCUUAAAAAAGAAUUGAAUAUCAGAAUCCUCAGACUAGUCAGCAGCCCUUGGUCCAGUGGAUGCUGGGGCUCUCAUUGGUGCUUAGUUACGUGCAGUUGAGAAAUUAAAUUGGGAAGUCUCGAGUUUACAGUGGUGACGGGCGCUUUCCAUCCAUUGGUUCAGGCCAGCAGCUCAAAAAGGGAUGCUUUGACCAACCAUUAGCUGUAUGUAUUACUGUACUAGGAGGCUGGUAGCACUGGGGCCUUGAAGGCGACUGUCUUAGAACAGCCUGGGUGCGUGGCACGAGGGUCCUGGCCUUCUCUUGGGUCAGGGAGCUUGUUUGUUUUUUGUUUUUUUGUUUUAAUGUGAUCAUUAAAUAUCAAUAUUACUGUUUUCCUUGAUAAUCGUCGAUUUUAUUUUAGGCUUUUAAGACCUUUAAGAAGAGGGUCUCUAUCCUUCACCAGACUUCCAAAGUGGGGCCCAGGUCACGCAAGGCGAAGAGCCUCAGUGUAGAUAAAAUGGCUUCCUUUUAUCCAUCCAAGUGAAAUUUGCCUGGGAAUAUGGGAGGGUCUGUUUGGCAAGCUAACAGGCUGCGUCCCCUGGUAUGGGAUCCGGGAACUGAAAAGGGAAACCGGAUGCUUUGGCGGGGGGGCUGUCAUAGGGAUUGGUGUGUAUAUCAGGCUUUUAAAAAAAGUGAAGCACUGACCUCCAAGUAAUUGGGAUGAAGCAUUGAGGUGCGCCUCUCCUUCAGCUCUGCCCCACUAGAUCUCGGGGGAGGAAAUCAUUGCAGGAGUAGAACAGCAUUUUGAGUGGGUAGAGGCGGGCCUUGGCGUCAAGAGGACCUGGUGGGUUCAGGUGGGCCCUUGUCCCAUACAGACAUGUCCGGCGCGUCACCGUAGCCCCUCGGUGCCCCAGGGCAGGGUCACAAAGGAGCUGCAGGCCUGUAUCAAGGAAAUGAUGAUUUGGGGCUUCCCCCAGACCUGGAGUUGCAGGCAUGGACGUCGCUUCCCCUCUCCCUCUCCACAAACAAUCUCUUUAAAUACACACUCACGAAAGCUUUGCGGCAUGGACGUUGACUUGGAUCGUGGAGGGGGGGGCAGGUGUGGGGGGUGGAGGUCGUCCAUCUACACUAGCAGAGGAAGGACUGUUUACAAGCUUCGCUUCCAGCUGUCAGUGAGCAUCUCUCCAGGCUACGUCUCUGUCCUCGCUCGCAGGUUGCUGUUUUUCCACUCCGGUUCUUUGUUUUCGUCCUUGAAUUACACUCGAGCCUCAAGGCCCAGGGCAUCCCCAUAGCGUGGUUUUUCAGGGACUUCAGUGGCAUUCAAGAGGGAGCGGGGGUGCCCUUGCCCUUCUCACGGCCUCAUUGUGUGAACGUUUGUGUGCAUGUCUCUAGUAUUUUACACUCCCUCUGGGGAGGGCAGGCUGGGCGAGAAGCAGGCGACCUGGAAGAGGCCGGCCGUGCGGGUUCCUUUGGACUGUCCCGGCUCUCCUGGGAUCUUCCACGGACGGAGGCGCGGAGGGCAGCGGUGAUGAUGGAUGGACGUUCCCUUCCGAGGCAUGGAACCGGCCUCAAGCUCAGCCUCUCGCCCCGUAACGCCUCGCAUUGGAGACGACGUUUCCAGAGAACUUGCGGAGCGAAGCUUAAGAGCCCUCGAGCUGGUGACCUGCGCUGGGCUGGCGGGUCAGGCUGUGAGUUUGUUUUGUAAAAUACUGAAAUAGGUGUCGGCUUGGGGUCAAGAGAAUCGAGUCUUCUUUUUACAAAGGAAAGGGAAGAGCUUGUGGAAGAAAAUCAAAGCGGAUGUGUACAAAAUCUGAUAUUUAAAGACAAUAAAAGCUUUGAUCACGUU